UCUUGCACCUUCAGCUUGGUUGCACACACCAGCACCAGCACCAUCAUCAGUGAGAGGCUGCACCGGGCGCCUCUAUCUCCCGCGCAUAUACCCCCGCUGCCGCGCACACAGCGACUGCACCUGCCGCCGCGACAUGACCGCUUGAGCGCAUCGCUCUCACUUGCAGCCAGCGUCGCAAACACGAUACCCAGCGUGAAGUGCAGAUCCAGAUUCCCGAUUCCAGAGUAGCCCCCGGCGUCCCCUACGCCGCCCACGCAUCAUCGAUUGUGCCGCCGUGCAGCCUGACGCCCGCGCACCAUCGCCCCUUCCCCCAUUGCACAUCACCCAGACGCCAUUAUGUGGAGCCGCUUCACGGGCAAGAGCGAGAGCAGCUCCUCCAAGGACGACGACGGGCGCCGCCGCAGCGACUCCAGCAGCACGCGUUCCAAGCGCGACGACCGCGACCGCAACCCGGACGCACGCUCGGUCGUGUCCUCGACCUCGACGCGCAAGCCUCGCCGCACCGACACGGCGCCCUCGUCCAUUGCCUCGUUCACGACGGCGUUCGACGACAUGCCGUCGCCGCGCUCACGUGCCAUCGACGACCUGUACCAGGACCCCCGAGACGAGCGCAGUGGUGCACGGCGACGCGACGAACGCCCAGCGAGCUACGCGGCGCCGUCGACCUCUGCAGCGCGCCGCGACGACAAGGACGGGAAGAAGGCCAAGGCCAAGGACGCCGACAAGGAGCGGACGGGCGACAAGAGGACGACGACGACGCGCUCAGGCAGCCUGUCACAAGCCGGACCCAGGGGCGACACGGCCGACUUCUCGCAGUUCCCCGGCCAGCCAGGCGCGUCCUCGAUGAUGUCGGGCGCAUUGCCGCCGCCGCCCAUGGGACGGCCUGUGACGAGCCACGUGCAGGACCAGUUCCCCGGCCAGAAUCCCGCCCACUACGCCUCGAGCGCCAUGCCCGGCCGCAAUCCCUUUGGUGCUGCUGCCGAGUUCUACGACGACGAUGGCGCCUCGAUCCACAACCAGCCCGGCGUCCGGCCCCAGCCGCCCUCAGUCAUCAUCGGCCAGGACACGCCUCACCUGGCCCCUGCCGCCGCACACGCGAACCCCGUUGCCGACACUGGCUCGGGCACUGCGGCUGACUUUUACUCGACCCACAAUGAUACCCCCCCUUCCAAGCCCCCGCGACCUUCUUCUCUGUCUGGGCCUUCUAUGCAUGGCCAUUCUUCUAUGCCUGGUGCCUUCGUCGACGACGGCCCCACGCCCCACAAGCCCGCGCGACCGAGCAACGCGAAGCCUGAACGCCCAGGCUCCCUUGGCUCGGCCGCCACGCUGGCUGGCGGAGCUGCCCUUGGAUACGCCAUGGGCCACAGCUCGUCUAAUACCCACCCUUCUGCUGCACAACACUCCACGAGUUAUAGCUCGUCUAAUAUCCACCAGUCUUCUUCCCAUCAGUCUGCUAAUUACGCCAAUGGUGCACCGGGCCCAUCCUACACCAACGCACCUUACAGCGCUGGGGCGCCUGGCCCAUCUGCGUCCAUGUACCAUCAGGGCCAACACCCAUCUAAUACCACUGCCAAUGGCAGCCACCUCCCCGCCUACAACGAAGCCAUGCAAGGCGCACCUCCCCCCAAGCCGCCGCGCCCUGGAAAGUCAGGAAAGCACUCCUCUGCCAGCUCACACGCUGGACUGCACACUGCUGGAGCUGCUGGCCUGGCAGCUUAUGGCCUACACAAUCACAACUCCCACUCCAACGUGCAUCACAGCUCGCACAACCAUACCUCCUCAUUGCCUGGGAACAUGCCGGGGCAUCAAACUGGUGGCUAUGGCCACGGCCCCUCGUCUAGUACUUUCACUACCGGCGGCAUGGCUCAACAGCACCAGCACCAGCAUACAGGCCCCGUCUCCAGAUUUGUCGACUGGUGGAAGGACCACGAAGACGUCCAAAAGAUGGAGGAGUACACCGAGUACAUUGGUGUCUGCAAAGGCUGCUUCGACCCCCGCUCUUCCGUCUUGGAUGCGCCGCGUAAGCAUCACUACCACCGCAAGCGCUCCAACGAGUACCUACGACCGUCUGGAGGUAUCGAGAAACACUCUCGGUACUCCCUGAAAGAGAAGAACUCCCGCACUUCAUUGUCCUCUAGCGACGAGAAGCGCAGGAAGAGUACUGGCGCUGCAGGCUGGAUGGCAGCAGGUCUUGGAGGAGUCGGUCUCGCCAAGGUUGGAAAAGCGGUAUGGGACGCUUCUCGAGAUGACUUCGACGACACUUACAGCAUCAAAUCUGGACGUUCCGAGCACUCGAGACGCUCACGUCGCAGCCGCAGCAACUCUCGCGAGCGCAAGUACUACGAGUAUGGCGCGUCUGAGAUUCGGCACCGAAGCACCUCUGCGGAUAGGAUGUCGAUCAUGUCAACUGGCGUCACGAAAGACAGGAAAGACUACAAGAUUGCUCAACGUCAUUCGCGGUCAAGCUCCAGCUCGAGGUCGAGAGACCGCAAGUCUAAACGAAGCAGCGGUCUCGGAAAGGUCGUCGGCGCAGGUAUUGCGGGUGCAGCGUUGGGUGCGGCGGCGAGGCGAAAGCACCAAAGCCGUAGUCCUUCUCAAUCCCCUCGCCGGAUCGUUGUGCAGCACCGAAGGGACAGCAGUGGCGAUGAUCGACGACGCAGGAGAUCACAACAACAACUACGCCACAAGUCCUCUCGCAGUUCGACAUCUGGAGCUUCGGUCAUUGACAUCUCGCAAAACCACAAGCCUGAGGGCGGUUUCCUGGGGGGCUUCUUUGCUCCAGCUCCACCCAAACUAAAGCGACGGAAGUCUGUAAGCCAUAAGAAGAAGAGGACAGGGUUCUUCAACUUUGGUAAUGCUUCGUCGUCAUCGUCUGAUUCUGAGAUGGCGUUUGGCACGGGGUUUGUCAGGAGGCGCAGGCGAUCGUCACCGAAGAGACGGAACUCUGACGAGCGUCUUCAGGCUACUCUAGCUAGCUUGGGUGCGACUGCGGCUGCUAUUGCUGCUGCUAAAGCUGCACGGUCUUCAAGUAAACGCCUUUCCGAAGUCGUUGCUGUGAAGGAUACUCGCAAUGGACAUAGAAGCAGUGAUCGUCGUGUCUCGUCACGACACGGUGAUGACGAAUGGGAAGAUCUGCCCGACGACAUGUCUUCUGAGUCGUCUGACAAUGCUGGACUUGCGUACGGAAAUCAUAGCCUGGUCAAGACCAAGAGCCAGGAGUCCCUUCAAUCCAACGGAUCUGGUACGAACAAAUGGGGUUGGCGUUGGGGCUUUGGAAAGAAGAGGAGGUCGUCAAACAACCUCUACGAUAACAUCGCUACCACACCCCUCGUUGCCCCUGUCGCUCCUGGCCCUCCUCCAUCGGCUGUUCAUCCUGCCGCAACUGUUGCUUCUGCAGCAGUGGCUGGAACAGUGCCUGGACCGACAAUCCAUCAUCGCGACAGCGAAUCGAGCAGUGCGUUCACCUUGCAGACAGUAUACCCUGUCGCUUCAAACGAUCCUACCUCAUUCGACGCUCGAAGAACAAGCUCUGUUCACACUCCUCAAGCCCAACCCCUCAUGACUUCAGGUCCAGGCCCGAUCAACAUCCACCAACCUCAGCCCAUGAUCCAGGUCCCAGGAGCCAUCUACUCCACCCAGUCUUCCCACCCGCCCAACUAUGUCGCCCCAGCUGGUCCUCCCGUCUUCGCACAACUCCCAGACUCACGUCCCUACCCAGCACAGUUUCAGGCUCAGAACAUCAACAUCAAUCUCUCACGACCUGCUCGGUCUCCUCUGCCCCCUGCUUUGCCUCGCCGCGCGAACUCAUCGCCCGGCCAAAGCUCUUGGAGGCGUGAUGCGGCCAUUGCAGGAUUGGCAGCAACUGCUGGAGCUGCCAUUCUCGCUGCUGGGAGGGGCACAGACCGCCCUCCCAGCGCUGGCAGCAAUGUGCGGUUCAAUCUGACGAGGGAGCAAGUCGCGAAAGAGGAACGGGAUCGCCAGAAAGAGCAAGAACGACAAGAUGACAGCGACAGCCGUCGUCGUGAAGAUCAGAAGAGAGAAGAUGAGUCGCGCAAAGCGGAUGAAGAUCGUCGAAGAUCGGAGCAACAACGACUAGAAGACGAGGUCCGUAGAUCGGAGGAAGACCGUCGCCUAGAUCAGAUCCGUCGCGAUGAGGAGGCCCGCAGAGCAGAGGACGAGCACCGUCGAGAGAUGGUUCGACGCGAGACACAACAGCAUGAAGAGGAAGAGCGUCGUCGUCUUGAACUCGUUCGUCAGCAGGAAGAAGCCAGCCGGUAUUUGGAGGCAGAACGCCUCGCUAAGAUCGAAACCGAACGACGCCUGAUUGAGCGACGCCAAGACGAGGCUCGCAUACGCGAGGCUCAGGCUCGAGAGGCGGAAGAGCGGGAGCGUCGAGAGCAUGAAGCGAGAGCUGAAGCCCAGCGGUAUGCGGAUCUUGAGCAACAAGCCGCACAGAUGCAGAAGGAGCGUCGUGAUGCCGAGCGCCGAGAAACCGAACGCACCAAUGCUCUGAGGCGCGAAGCGGAGCGACGAGAAGCUGAUCGUAUCGACACUGUACGCCGGGAAGCUGAGCGGCGCGAGGCCGAACGCGUCGAGGCCGAAAGGCGUGAAGCUGAGAUUCGCGCCGACACCGAGCGCCGGCGAAGGGAACAAGAGUACGCUGAUCGGUAUGGCAGUGGCACCGACCGCGAACGACGAAGGAUUGACCCACAGCCUACGGGAGACUCUGCUGUUUCGGUUGCUAGUGACGUGCGUCGCAAGGAACUGGAAUUGGAGGAACGCGAACGCGAUCUCGUUCAGCCUGACACUUUGAGGAAUACUGCUGCUGGAGCCAUCGCGGCUGGUGCUGCUGCGGCGAUUACCAGCGCUGCCAUCUCGUCCAUCAAGGAGAAGGAGAAGGAGAAGGACAAGGCGAAGAGCAAAAGCAAGGACAAGACUAAGGAGAAGAGCAAAGACAAGAGCAAGAGUAAGGAGAAGAGUAAAACCAAGGAGCGGGAACUAGAGCGGGAACGAGACCGCGACCGCAGGCGUGACUCUGAAUCUAUGGUGACGGCCAUCGAGGCUCCCAAAGACAAGGGCAAGGAGCGAGAACGAGAUCAAGAUCGUCUCCGUGACAGAGGUGAUUCCGGAUCGGUCGUGACGGCGAUUCAAUCUCCCAAGAUUGACAUCAGAGCAAAAGACCGAGAUGGAAGCCGCGACAUCAGGCGUGAUUCGGACUCAAUUGUCACGGCGAUUCAGUCUCCCAGUAGCUCUUCCUCAGGUGCGAGGACGGUCCAGCCAAGCAAUGUGAAGACAUACGCGCCGAGUAACGUCAAGACCUAUGAGCCAAGUCAGAUCGCCCAGGACUACGCCGAUGAUGACAUCUUCGACCCUAGCAUCUUCAAGAAGAAGGAGACAACCCGCGACAUUUUCCAGGACUGGGAAGACCGAUACAACGCGAAGCCGGUGUCUCAAGCGGAGUUCUUUGCGCCGAAGGAGCUGCUCGAACAGAACAACCUGCCCAAGGUGCAAGCCGUAGACCCUAACGAAGGCGCUACUGAUCUCCACAUCUACCAAGCCCACGACGACGACGACGCAUACAAUCACCGCAAGACGCCGCCUUACCCUGCCUCCUACUCCUUCACUGCUACGAGGGACGGCCGUGGCUCUACCCAGCAGUUGAACUUCCCUGUGCCAGAACUCAAUCUCAUCCAAGCCACACCUCCCGGAAGCAGACCACCGUCUGUACGCAGCGUGUCUCUACCCCCAUCACCUGCUAUCGAGCCUAAGCCUGAGCCCAGGCCUGCGCCAGUCCACGCGCACAGUCUCGAUGACGUGAACCGCGCGCGCUCGAGAGUCAGUUGGGGCGAGAAUCAAUUUCACCAUUUCGAGGUUGCCACGCCGGAUUCUUACCGCGAACAAUUUGUGUCCGACGCCGAACUGAGGGAGUUUGAGCAGACGUACGCGCUUGAUGAGUUGCUCGAUGAGCCACAGCCGAAGCCGAAUACGGCGGCUGGAAUCAUUCCUAAAGCUCCUCCUAUGCCGAAGUCGAUGGCGAAGGCGAUUCCGAAAGCUCCCCCGCUACCCAGGUCGAAGUCUGAGACAAUUCCGAAGGCUCCCCCACUACCGAGGACGAUGUCUGACAGGACAACCAAGACUUCUCCGCUCAAGUCGAUAUCUACGCCGAUACCCAGAGCUCCGCCGCCGAAGGGGGUUGCUCCAAGUACGCAGUACGUCUCUGAUAGAGAAGGCGAUUCGCAGUGGGAAAACAUCACCAGUGCUCAGGCCAAGAAGAUUGACAAGAACGAGGAGAAAGCUAGAGCUGCUGCUGCUGUCGCUUUUGCGGCGGCGGCUGCCACAGCAGCUGCCCUCACCCGGGAUGAGCAGGAUGAACGCGACGAACGGGAUGAACGCGAGGAGAAGCGACUUUCUCGAGACGAGCGUAGUGAACGAGACCAUCCGCGCGAUUCCUCGCAAGACUGGAAGAUGUACAAUGCGUCAGUCGUCAGCAAUCCCUUCUCAGACAAACACGCUGCACCGUCAACUGUUGCUCCCAACAGGGAGUAUCAGUCUCCUCGCUACGAGUCGGUCGUCGAUCUCAGUGAGCCGAUCUAUGGGCCAGGCGGGACCAUUACAGAGCCAGAGCAGUUUCACAUGCCCGGUGGAUUCGUCGAGUCGCCCGCGAUUGAGAAACCAGCCAUGUUGGCGUCGGAAGACGAGUGGAUCGCGCAGGCAAAGGGUAAGAACAAGGGUAAGACUACUAACGAGGAUCCAGCAACGAGGCGUGUCGAGCCGAAGUUUGAGUCCGCGAGGGAAACAGUGAGGAGGUCUUUGUCCGAGCAGGAAGCCAGGAGGGACAAUGCAAAGGCCAAGGCGGCGAACCGUUAUAGCGUGGGGAGCGUGGAUACGUGGGAGGGGAGCGAUGUGAGCACGUCUAGCCCGGUUGAUGAGCGCGAACGCGAGCGCGAGGAUCGCAAGCCCGAGCCUUCGUAUCCUUUUGUGCAACAUGUUAGGAGCCCGGGGUCUGUGCAUCUUAGCGAUGCGUCUCGUGAGCGGGAGGCUGGCGUUGUGCAGCCUGAGCGGCCUUCUGGCCCGUCGCGCGAGGUCACUGCUGUUCAAGAUACUCCGCGACCUUCCGGGCUAUCACGCGAGGUGUCAGCUACUCAAGAUACAUCGCGACCUUCUGGUCUAUCCCGCGAGGUGUCAGCCGCGCAAGACAACUCCCGACCUAGCGAGAGCGGCAUUGGAAAAGCUACUAUCGCCGCUAUGACUGGUGGUUUCGCUGCUCUCAUGGGUACGUCAAUGAAGCAAGACCAAGAGCGGAUGGCUGCGGACCUGGAACACGCUAGACACGAGCAGGAGUCUACAGAAAACAACCGCCAUCACGACGAGUCCGUGUCUCCCCUGAGUAAUGACCGCCCAUCUGAGGGCCGCAGCAGAGCGCCCUCGAUCCCCAACUAUGCGUUUGAGGGUUCUGAUGACCUACCCGACUCGAAGACGCCUAAGCGAAAAGACAGGAAGCGACACGGUAGCGGCAGAUGGUCGCCCACUAUUGGAUCUCCGCUCAGGACUGAAGUCCAGUACGAAGACUACAUGGGUAGAGACGUUGGGCCAGCUUUGUCGUUCGACCAACAGAUGGUGGAAGCCCCCAAGGUGCCUACUGAGUCUGCCUUGGUCCACGCGCCUGAACCUCCCAGCUCGAGAACCGUCCAUGAUUCAGGGUACUAUGCUCCGGAUGACCAACCGCAUGCAAAGCGAGACCUCGACGAGUUCUACUCGACUGGCGAGGAUGAGAGACAGAGGGAGAAGGCGAAUGGUAAAACGAGGGAGGAGGACAAGUACGAUGGCUACGGCUCCGUGUCGCGCGGCAGGUACGAGGACGACGAUGACAACAUCAGUGCAAUUGCACCUUACGACUCGCGAUCGACCGCCUCUUUCAGAACCAGGAUUGACGAUGAUGCGGAAACUUUCAUCUCUGCGCUAGAUGGGUAUGAUGAUGACGAUGUCAGCACAGUCAUACCCGUGAAGAGCAAGCCUCAGGAUGAGCUUGAUCGCGAGGAAAGACAUCGUCGCCGUCGGGAGGCAAAAUCUCAAAGCCGCGAGCGAGGACAUGGUGAUGAGGAUGACGGUGAGCGGAGGCGUAAGCAUCGCAGCCGUGGAGGAGAUGAUGACUGGGACGAGAAGUCAAUGGUUUCUGAAGUCAAUGGCGAGCGGAGGCGCAAGCACAGGAGCAGGAGUGAGCGCGAUGGAUCGACGGAGAGUAAACGGAGGUCGCGAUCUUCUGCCGUGUCAGAGAUUGGCGACUUGAAUUUUGGGGAUGAAGAGAAGGCGCCUUCUCGCAGGAAGUCCUCAAGGCGGGACGAUGAUUUCGAUGAUGCCGCUUCCGUCAUGUCCUCCUCUUCCAAGAGGAGGUCGUCGAAGCGCGACGACGACUUUGACGACAACGCCUCUGUAAUGACUUCUUCACGCCAUAAUGACGAGCGGAGCUCACGGAAGGAAAAGGAACGGGAAAAGGAAAAGGAGAGGGAGAAAGAGAAGAAGCCGGCCAGUCUCUUUGGGGGCCUCUUCAGCAGGCCCAAGGAGAGCUUGCCCGAGUCUUCUUCUGGCAAGUCUUCCAAGUCAAAGGACGACAGCACCAACAACAACGAUGACGAAGAGCGCAAGCAUCGUAGGCGGAAGCAUCGCUCGGAUCGCGGCUCAGCAUACGGCUCGGAUGACGACGAUGUGCGCUCGACCAUUUCGUCCAGCGGCCGCCGAGAGAAGAGGAGUAGUGGAGAACGGAGGGAUGAGCAUGAUGAUAAGGUCCGUCGCUCUUCUUAUGCGCGAUAGUAUAUCGUGGUUUAAUUGUCUUUUUGUCGUUCAUGUUUGUUUUGAAUGUAUUUUAGAAUGAAUGUUGAUGUUGUGUAUUAGGCUCAC